UUUGGAUGGUGUCAACGAAGAAGACGACGAAAGAGUAGUGAAUCUUUCCAUAAUCGAAAUAAUGGGAUCUAAAAGGUUGAAGCAGUUUCUCAAUUCGAGUGCUAGAAUCUUGGUGGUUGUUAAGGAAACUGGCGAGAUUCAUGGAAUUCUCAAGCUCUUGUUAUCCAAGUUUGCACAGAGGAAAGACCACAUCACUUUCUUGCAUGUGUUUCAAAGCUCAGAGGACUUGCAAAGGUAUCAAGCUGGAUUAUCUUUCGACAGGGCCAUUUGCCAAGCUUUGCUUGACAUUCAUUUGAGAACUCCAAAGGUGACUGUUUCAUCAGUAGUAGUCCAGAGCUCAGAUAUUUGCAAUGGAAUCGUUCAAGAGGCCAGAAAAAUCAAAGCAACAUUGGUUGUUCUUGGGAAUUCGCAAAGGCAAUUUAUUUCCAGGACCAUGAGCAAAAUUGGAAAAACUUGUGUAAGAAAUUUACCUUCCUACUGUUCUGUCAUGGUCGUUCGCAAGGGAAAAGUGAUGCAAGUCAAAUCUGGGUGUGCUAAUUGCAAAGAUCACACACUAAAAUCCUUACUUCAAAAGGAGAAUAAGUUAGAAAAGGAAGAGAGCCAAAACUCAAGACGGAGCAGCAGAGCAUCAUCAAGCUCAUGUUCUAUGGAAACAGUCUUGAGUUUCUCAGCUGAUAUAAGUUCUGAUUUAUCAUGGUCCUCAGAAUCAGGCUCACCCACCACGGUGCUUAAAGACCGAACUCUCUCAAGAAAUCCAAAAUCAGAAAAUGUAUCUGUCAAAGAAUUCUCAUACGAGGAGUUGCUCCAAGCCACUGGAAACUUUGCAAUGGAAAACUUGGUUGGAAGUGGGGGUUGUUCUCAUGUUUACAAGGCAACUCUUCAACAUGGAACCAUUGUUGCGGUGAAACAUUUGCUAAAUAGCAACUCCGGUCAACGAGAAUUCUCAAGAGAAAUCAAGUUCAUAUCUUACAUUCGUCACCAGAACCUGGUAUCGCUUAUUGGCUUCUGUUCUGAAGGAACACACAGGCUGCUGGUCUACAAGUUUUUGCAAAAUGGGAGCCUUCAAGAUCAUCUUUAUGGUAAAAGAAAGGCACAUUUUCUUGAGAAAACCGGUGCUACUCAUGAGCUGGUGGAUCCAAAUUUGACAAUUCUCAAUGCCCAUGAGAUGAGAAGAAUGAUGUACACAGCAUUUUUGUGUGUGCGAAGUGCGCCAGAUGAAAGGCCCAACAUGGAACGACACCGUGCUGGGACUAAGCUUGAGUGUGUCCGGAGCUUUGUGGGGUUUUGCGAGCGGCUUCUGCCGAUUCUAGAGCAAUUAGAUACCGGCCAGGACGGGGAAUUGCCAGUGGCACUGGCGACGGCGCUGGUUAGCAGGGCCGAGUCGGUUCUAGAGGCUUACGAGGAGGCAACUAGGCGAUCAAGGAGCUCCUGCGUGUCAUGCACACGGGUGACUGAUACUGAGAAAAGUGAUCUUGACAAAGGGGUCACAACUCUGGAGCACUGGAAGAAUACAUCUCUCGACAGCCAACAAGUGGCCCCAAUCGAGACUACUUGCUUGCCUACUUUCUGCAAGAACGAUACACAAACGAUCUGGAUCUUGCAUGGCUCUGGAAUUUCCCACUGCAAGAUUGGGGCGUCCUCUUUACGCAGUUGCUCCAUCAACAUCUGUCCACUGUUCAAUCGAUAG